AUGGCCGCCCCCCAACCGCUCUUCGGCCUCCUCCCCGCCGGCCAACCCCUCAUAACAACCCCGUCCUCGCAACCCUCCCCGACAUCCUUCCUGUACGCAAUCCCCCAAUCGACCCCCACGAACCCGAAGCCCUUCGCGCACCUCGCCGUCUUCCUGCUGCCGAACAUAACGCUGCCGCCCAACACGGCAGCGGCCAUCUACGUGGCGCAGAACCCGGGCGCGCUGGCUUCGGGCGGCGACGCCGGGUUCCGGUUCCUCGGGGGCGUGGGGCCGGGGGAAGGAGAGCGCGAUGUUCAAGCUGGGGGUGUCGAGGAGGCUGCGGGCGUGGCGGCAAGGAUACAGGAGCUUCAGAACCAACAAUCGCAAUCACAGUCACAACAGCAGGAGGGCGCCGCAAAUACGGGAGGCAAGCAGCCGCCCCCAUCGUCACAAGUCCUCGCGCAGCGCAUAAUCCAGAACGCCUUCAACUUCCUGUCGGGGUUCAGCGGGCAGGUCCAGGGCGGCGUCGAGGUGGUGCCGCUCAAGGCCUUCCAGGAGUGGUGGCGCAAGUUCGAGAACAAGGUCAAGGUCGACCCGAGCUUCCUCGAGAGGGAGCAGGACUGA